AUGGAUACUCAAACUGACGGCGGCCUGCUGCUACAACUUUGGCAGAACAAACUGGCGAAACCCUCCACCCCAACAACGAUCGAGGCAGCAUCGGAGUCGGCUGUGCUGGCAAACUCGUCGGCGGCUGCUGAUGCAACCCACCUGUCGAAGUCGGUUGCAUCGCCUGCACCUGCUGCCCUCCCACCGCCGUCGGCCGAGUUCACCGUGUACAUCGACGGGGCGUGCUCCAAUAACGGCCAGGCGGGUGCCAAGGCCGGCUAUGGAGUCUACUGGGGACCCAACCAUCCACUGAAUGUCGCCGAACCAGUGCCAGGACCCGAUAAGCACCAGACCAACAACCGAGCCGAGUUGCUAGCAGCCAUCACGGUACUCAAAGCGGCCCAGACCCAUUUGGAGCCAACGGCGCAGCUCACAAUCUACAGCGACAGCCAAUACGUCCUUGGCGGCGUCCAGGGCUGGCUGGAGUGUUGGAAAAAGAGUGCAUGGCAGCGGAAAGGCGACGGCACCGUGCUCAACCUCGACUUGUGGAAGGAGCUGGACAGCUGCCUCUCGAUAUACAACCGGUCGCACCGACCCGCCAUCUGGCUGUGGGUCAAAGGGCAUUCUGGCAACGUGGGGAACGACCAGGCCGAUCGACAUGCCGUCCUCGGGGCCGCCAAGCAGCGCAAUUGA